CGGUUCAUCCCACUCUUUCAAAACUCGAUCUAACGACACCGACACUACGUAACUCACGCGAUGGAGUCCGCGGAGCCUUCCACUACUGACGUGUCUAUGGCAGCCUCAGAGCCCCCGACAGCCUCCGAACCUACUAGCGAAGACGUGUGGCAGCUUAAGCGUGAUAGCUACGCAGCUCUACGUGCCUUCGAGUCGCAGCGUAGCGCGCAGAUCGACAAGUUCCAGACUCGGGAUCGUGCCUAUUGGCGCCAGUUUCAGGAAGAAAUUCGCCACGGGGGCGACGAGAACACACGGCUGCUAAAGUUCUUGACACUGCGACUACAGGCCGAUCUGGCGUAUGCAGAGGCAUUAAGACAGACGCGUGCGGCGCUGGAAACACCGGCGAGUCACGGAACUGAAGCCAAUGGAGCGGCUGGGAGCGACCAGCUGAACGUACAGUCGUCAGUGUCCAAGGCAUUGCAUGCGGUUGGGGAGGUACAGACGCAAUUGGCUGAAAAAUUGGUGCAGUUGACGACAGUCGUGAAGAGAGAGGUAACAACCAAGCCGCUGGAAGAGAUGGCAGCGACAUACAAAGAGAGAGUGACGAGUAUGCUCGCGGAGGGAGAUAAACUGGAUGCUAUGCUGUUUCAAUCACAGAAGAACGUAUUGACGGCAUUUGGGAAAUAUGAGGAAUUGUUUAAACAAAUGGAGAGCGAGAAGGAGGGCGCGGACACAAGACGACAGGAUCUGUGGCUGGCCGAGAUGAGCUACUGUAUUAAUGUACAGAAACUACAGCAGUGUCGAGUGGAGUAUGUGACGGGGAUGUCUGCGCUUUUUCAACAGUACAAGACAAUGGAAGUUUGGAGAGCAUCCGUGAUUCAGACAGCACUGGACACGUAUAUUCGCAAGCAGAAACUUACGUAUGGCGAGAUGGCUGGAGCGAUGACGGAGCCUUUAGCUGCUGCACAGCGUAUUGACCCAGAUCGAGAUCUCGUGCAAAGCGUGCGAAGGAUACCCAAGAAUGUACGUCUGCCACAUAUAAUACAGUCGUGGAACAGUGCUAACCGCGAUGUUUACCAUGAAGUAUACUGCAGCUGCGCUUUCUGCAUCGGAUGACAAGGACGCGCACCUCUUCUCAACGUUACGGUCCCCCAUUGCGAGUCCACUAUUAGUGCGCUGUGGGUUUUUAAAGAACCAAGUAAGUGGGUCGCUGUUCUCGUCGUGGAAGGACGUAUUGUGUGCCAUCACACAAGACGGUUGCUUGCAUCUGCUUGACUUGAAGGAGAACACGACACGCUCUAUAUUAGAGUCGACCGAGGCGAUGCUAGGCGCUAUUGCCACAAACGAGCAGACAACAGAUGUGAACAGCCAGUCGGUGUGUCUGACGAACUGCCGUAUUGAAAUCUUGGGCAAGAGUACGACUCCAAGCUUUGAGAUCACGGAGGUGAAUCCACCGUCAGGACUGCUGAGCAGUAUGUUGCGUGUAGGAGUUUCUCGCACGCUCACGUUCCAGUGUCCGAGUCAGAGCGACCUCAUCGACUGGGUGGUCGCCGCCAAGCAAUUUAUCUCGGCCGGCUCGUCCAUGGUGAAUAGGUAGAUGGAUAAAUGGACGUCACGAACAGCAAAACUGUGCUAAUACAGCUUAAGAGAAAAUUAAACUGCUUACUUCAAUCUUCAA